AUGCAGAGCGGCAAUGAUAUGUUUCCGGGUUAUGACCAUGGUCCAAAUACAGUUCCUGCUGGCUCCCGACUAGCUCAAUACCUGCACGGAGCUCCUCAAUCAUCUGUAAGGCCGAGCACGUGGAAUACCCCUCUUAUACACGGCCAGGCUAUAAAUCCACCUUAUAGCCUUGCAGCAGCUAAUCCAGUGCCAACAUCUAAUGUUCCAGGUUUCGUACCGUCUUUCGCACAAAUGAGCCUUGUCGAUGACAAGGAUGUUCCGGUUUCUCCGUACUCAAUAGCUUCAUCGUCACAGAGACCUUCAAAUUUCGCUAGUAGCAGCUCUCACGCUCUUACGUCUUCUCCGGUUGUACAUGAUCCGUUACGACCUAGUGGACACGUAGUACAAACUGCAGAAACGAAUUCUGCCUCUACUUAUAUGCAAGAAAACUUUGGAGGUACAACGUAUUUCUUUCCUCCCGGUCAAAACACUGUAGUUGAACAACAACGACCGGAACAACAGGAAGAUCGAGUGCAAAUUGAAAAUAUGGCAGGAUUCAUGUACCGUGCGCCACCGCCAAAUGUUGGCAGAUUCAAAGCAAAAGGACCGGCUGCCUCGACGUAUUUUACUGUUCCAGAACUGAGAUACGAACUUAUUAAUCGGCAGCUAGCUAUAUCAAGUCACGCAGAUGCAUCUGCGUAUCCAGACUUACCUCAAAAUGUGGAACAGUAUCAUGAUUUAGUGCCUCUUGAGAACCCAAAAAUUCAUUUUUCUACCGUUUUGGACAAGGGUAUUUUCGGGAGCCACGGGACCACUGUUUACAAAGCUAUCAGUGCCCGCGACGGAAUGCCUUACUGUAUCAGAAGAAUACACAAUAUACGUCUUACACAACCAAAGCAAGCGAGCUUGGCUGAUAACUGGAAGAAGUUAGUACAAGUAAAUGUAGUCCAAUUAAGAGAUGUUAUUAUAACGAGGCAGUUUGGUGACACAUCGUUGCUUUUCGUCUACGAUUAUCAUCCGAUGUCAGAAACUUUACGGUCGAGGCAUUUUGGCAGUCAGUUGAAUGGACUGAAUGCCAACUUUUCAACAGGUAAUAAAUUGAGCCCGUUAACUACUAUGAUUCCUAGUGGAGUUCAAGAAUCUGUUUUAUGGACUUACGUCGUACAGCUGUCUUCUGCAUUAAGAACCAUUCAUGGGAGCGGGAUGGCAGCGCGUACAAUUGAUCUUACCAAAAUCAUUGUCUUCAGCAAAACGAAAUUGAUGCUGAGCAGUUGCGGCAUACUUGAUGUAAUUGCUCCAGAUACUUCUCACAAUGCUAUUCAGCACCAACAACAGGAAGAUUUGGUUGCUCUUGGGCGCCUUCUUGCUGCAUUGGCAUGUAAUUCUCCUCAAGCUGGACGUCGUGAAGUUCUUCCUGCUACUCUUCAAAUUAUUCAGCAGAAUUAUUCAAAUGAUAUGAAGAAUUUGAUCGCGCUCUUGCUGAAUCCCGGAAAUCGUCGAAAUAUCAAUGAUAUUAUGCCAAUGAUUGGCGCUCGAUUCUACAACCAAGUUGAGAAUAUGCAAGUUAAAGCAGAUCUUCUUGAAAAUGAGUUGUCAAAGGAAUUGGAAAAUGGGAGACUUUUCCGACUGCUAUGCAAAUUGUGUUGUAUUAUUGACCGCCCAGACAUCCAAAUGGGCAUGGCCUGGAGCGAAACGGGUGAUAGGUUCCUUUUGAAGCUGUUUCGCGAGUACCUCUUUCAUCAAGUGACAGAAAGCGGGAAGCCAUGGAUUGAUAUGGCACAUAUUAUAACAUGUCUGAAUAAGCUGGAUGCGGGUUACCCAGAAAAAAUUCAAUUGGUCUCAUCAGAUGGUGACAAUGUUCUUAUUGUUUCUUAUGGUGAAUUGAAACAAUGUGUCGAGAACUCGUUUCGUGAACUUACUACAGCUACAGCAGCGCCUGCUUUGGCACCUAUAAUUCCUCUAGUUGGACCAAGAUAG